AUGUCCUCUCCUGUGCGCGUUCUGGGUCCGGUCACCCCCGUUUCUAGAGGAACAAACUUGCAGAAAAGAGUCUUGACAGACUCGGAGGACAUCGAAGAACGAGACACGAAACGUGCUAGGUCACAGGAGACUCCUGGGGAUCAGGGCACUCGUCAGGAUGCUAAGGAGAAGAAGAAGAGGCGCAAGAAGAGGCGCAAAGUCUCCGUGGUUCAAGCUAACGACUCCUCCGACACAGAAGCUCCGGUGGUUGCGUCGCAGCCUGAGCUUGCACGCGUCCGUUCGCGGUCUGUGGUCAGCACAGGUCUGGACGCCGUUGUUGUGACCAAUUCGAUGAAAGCGGUUCAAACCGAUACGCGUCAGCCGUCAGCGGGCCCAUCUGUAUCGCCGGGUACAAGACCGAAAUCGCCAUCUCGGGAUUGUGAGAGAAGGACGCCGACACGUCCCGCGAGCAUGGAGAAGGGCAAAGCUCGAGCAACUCCGGACCCUGUGAUUACCCAGAACGAUCAACUAGAAGUUACUGAGCUCCAAAGGCAGGUCUCGGACAAAGAAAAUGGUGUUUCUCCCAUGGGUGUGCUCAACGAAGCGCACCUGCCACCAUACGCGCUGUCACCCUGCGGUCACUCCGCCUGCUACCAAUGCCUGGUCAAUUGGUUCAAGACUCCUCCACCAGACCUUCCCGCACACGAAGUGCUUCCCGCGUUUUACAGAAGGAAAACCUGCCCCCAUUGUCGGGCGGUAGUUACGGAACGCCCAGUCGAAAUAUGGACUAUGAAGGAAAUGGUGGCCACCCUCGUCAAGAGCGGUCUUGCCACGGGUUUCUACAACGAUACUCCUGCGCAGCCCGAAGGCACGGCCAAUGCUGACCCCUGGGCGGGUAUCUUCCGACGUCCCGCACAGCAGGGACGCGAUGCCUUUCCAGGUCUUCCAUUCGGACUUCCAAUGCGCGAGCACCAGAUGAUGGGUAUGCGAGACGACGAGGAUGACGUCUUCCGCUGUGUGGAAUGUCACUACGAGAUCGUCGAUGGUAUGUGCGCCAACUGCGGCCAAGAGUACCCCGGUCACGAUCCCGAGCACGAUGCCUCCGACUACGACUCUGACGAAGAGGGGUUCCCGGUAUGGGGCGCCAAUGGACCGGUCGGUGUGGCUGGUGGUUUGGGUGCGCUCUUGCAGCACUUAUUCCCCCAGUGGCAGCACCACCAUCCCCACGAUCACGGUGCCGACUACCUCAUCGACAAUCACCCGGUGGGCCAUGACUGGGACGAGGGCGGCGAUACCGAGAUCGAGCUCGAGUCGGAUGACGAGGAUUUCGAUCCUCACGCCGAAGCUGAUCAGCGCGCGGCUAGCCGAACUGUUGCCAGACUGCUUGGACGCAUCGUGGGUGACGAAGAUACCGAGGACGAGGAGGGGUAUGAGAGCAGCUUCAUCGACGAUGGCGACGCUGAACUGGCACCUCGCGCUGGGAGUAGCCGUCUGGGACGUGCCGUUGAUCUGGACGAGGAUCAUGCGAUCGAUUUGUCCGACGGCGAGUCUCAGGAUGGCGUCGAUGGUCUUCAUGAUGAGGACGACGAAGAUGAAGACGAUGAAGCCGUGCGUUUCGUUGGGUUUGGCAGGCGCCGCGCUCACGCAACGAGGUUGCCGGCCAGCGACGGUGAAGAUCACCAUGACGAGGAUGCAAGCGACUUUUCACAUAGCCACGACGAGGAAGAGGAGGACAACCUUGCAGACGAAGUGGCGGCCCGUGAACUGUGA